GCUCUAUUCACAAACAGCUGGAGUGAGGCGUUGGAACCCUUAAUCAGCCAGAGGCGAACGAGCAUCACCACGGUGAAAUCCUGCAGUUAGGGCGAGGAGUGAACCUGCAGUGAUUUGCUGGGGAGGUGCAGCUGCUGAGGACCGUUAUCUGCCCAGUGCAACCAACUUCAGAAUAAAAGUGCAAAAGAGGGUGUGUUAAAAAUGCCACGAUCAUUUCUGGUUAAGAAGCAUUUUAAUGCUACAAAAAAGCCAAAUUACAGUGAACUGGACACUCACACAGUAAUAAUUUCUCCUUUCCUCUACGGGAGUUAUCAGAUGCCUAUAAUUGCACAGCCUGAGAUCUUAAGUCCGAUAGCGUACAGCCCUCUCACAAUAUGGACUAACAGUGGACUGCGCCCAUCUCCUUUGCCCAACGACCUUUCUCCUCUUUCUGGAUAUGCUUCAUCUAUUGGACGGGACAGUCCUCCUUCUCUGUCAGACGCCUCUUCAAAGGACCACAGUGGCUCUGAAAGCCCUCUUAGCGACGAAGAGGAGAGGAUCCAGUCUAAACUUUCUGACCCACUCGCUUCUGAAGCAGAGAAGUUCCAGUGUGGCUUGUGCAGCAAGACUUACUCCACUUUUUCCGGACUAGCAAAGCAUAAGCAACUGCACUGUGACGCUCAGGUUAGGAAAUCGUUUAGCUGCAAACACUGUGAAAAAGAGUACGUGAGCCUAGGGGCCCUCAAAAUGCACAUCAGAACCCACACAUUGCCCUGUGUCUGCAAGAUUUGUGGCAAAGCUUUCUCAAGACCUUGGUUACUCCAGGGACACAUCAGGACCCACACUGGAGAGAAGCCAUUUUCGUGUCCACAUUGUAACAGAGCAUUUGCAGACCGAUCAAACCUGAGAGCUCAUCUUCAAACUCAUUCUGAUGUGAAAAAAUAUCAAUGCAAAAACUGCUCAAAAACUUUCUCCAGAAUGUCACUCCUCCACAAACAUGAGGAAUCUGGCUGUUGUGUGGCACACUGACAAAUCUUCAAAAUUAUAGAGUGCCCUUUGAACUGAAGAGCAAAAUGACAUUUCCUGUAGGUUCCAGCUUUAAUGACUUGAGUCCAUGAACAUUUCUUCUUUGUUUUACAUUGGAAAGGAGCAAUCUGAAUUAUUUCAUCAUUUUUUUGUUUCCAUAAUGAUUCUUUAACAGUGCUGGACUGAGACAAAUGAACUAUCAUUUCAAAUUGGAAGCAAUUACCAAAAUGGUGUGGCUGAUUCUUUAAUUUAGACUCUAAUGAGUCUGCUUAACCAAAGUCUUACAACUAUAGCAAGAGAAAGGUACAGUUCUUCCAUUUACUGGUAGAGUGUUAUCAGGAUUUUUUCUGUUUCAGUUAGGUGUCAUGCAUUCAUUAUCAAGUGCUUGGCUUAUAAACCGUUUUGUUUCAGUACUGUACUGCUGUGGUGUCUCUAAGGCCUCUACAGAAGCACUCCUGUGUCUGUAAUACAUUACUUGAACUGCCUUGAGCAGUAUGUUCUGAGCAGGAUAAAAAUAAGUGAAUGUAUUGGUUUUGCAGCUUCAGACUGUUAUUUCCUUAUGUGCCUUACAGAAUUGUAGCUUCAAUAAUUUUCUGGUGCUUUCCUAAGGAAAUUAUAAGUAUUUUUGAUAAAACAUUUGCAAGUAAAUAAUAAAUAAAUAAACAAGAAACAUGGGAACAUGUGCAAGAGAAGGGUUUACCAGAUAUGUUUAAAUCUUGCCUUAUGUCUUAUAAACAUGCACAAUGCGAUGCACUAGAGUCAGAAGUAUUCUACUCUGCCAUAGCCCUCCAAGUGCCUUUUCUGGUUGCUGUUGUACAGUAAUGUUCAUAUUUUGUCAAUAUUUCUAUUUUUAUAUGGUAAAUGUGAUGUGAUAGAGAGAAUGUGACACAUGUUGUGAAUGUAAAUGAGAUGAAGAAGGCAUGAAUGUUCUAUGUUGUUUUUUUAGCAACUUUUUAAAAUAAAUUAAAAUAUACGUAUA